GAAGUGCUUGUGUUUAUGCCGUGAGAAAUUAUCCAGCAGCACACUGCCAUUGUGCAGAGGGACUGCGAAAGGAGGUCGCAGUAUCCCUAUGUCGCUGCCUCCUUGGUUUGAGGGACUAUUGAUGUCAUCUAGGGGUUUAGAUGCGAUUUUAGGGGGGGAGUUUGUAAUCCGAAACCAACAGGCUUUGUGUCUUUUAUGGUGUAAUGAGCGACGAGAAAAGCCCGGGCAGCUGCAAGAGAAACUCCGGGUGUUCCAGUAUUGAGCAAAUGCUGGCGGUGAACCCCGGGAAGACUCCCAUAAGUCUGCUGCAGGAGUAUGGAACGCGGAUAGGCAAGACCCCGGUGUACGACCUGCUGAAGGCCGAGGGCCAGGCGCACCAGCCCAACUUCACCUUCCGCGUCUCUGUGGGCGACAUCAGUUGCACCGGCCAGGGCCCCAGCAAGAAGGCCGCCAAGCACAAGGCCGCCGAGGCUGCUCUCAAGAUGCUCAAGGGGGGCCUGGGAGGCAUCGAGGGCUUCACCGUCGACAUGUCAUUAGAUGGAGAGUGCAUUCAAGCAGAGAUGAAGUCAACCAGCUCUACCCAGCAAGUCGAGUGCAAUCCAGUUGGAGCUCUACAGGAGCUGGUGGUGCAGAAAGGCUGGCGUUUGCCAGAGUACACCGUGACGCAGGAGUCUGGCCCUGCGCACCGUAAAGAGUUCACUAUGACCUGCCGUGUGGAGAGAUUCGUCGAAAUCGGCAGCGGAACAUCCAAGAAGCUGGCCAAGCGCAACGCGGCCGCCAAGAUGCUGGCCAAGAUCCACGACGUCCCUGUGGACCUCCGCAGCAGCCACGAGGCCGAGGCAGAGGACGACACCUUCACCAUGCAGCACCGCCUGGAGGGGGGCAAGUGUAAGGGCUUCGGCUGCACGUGGGACUCCCUGCGUAACUCUGCGGGGGAGAAGAUCCUUCAGCUGCGUAGCCACCCCCUGGCCAACGCCAGCAGCUCCAGCGCCAACUUCUGCUCCCUGCUGCACGACCUCUCGGAGGAGCAGCGCUUCGACGUCAGCUACCUCGACAUGGAGGAGCGCAGUCUGAGCGGCUUGUGUCAGUGUCUGGUGGAGUUGUCCACUCAACCUAUCACCGUGUGCCACGGCUUUGCCCCCAGUCAGGACGCGGCCCGGGCCAGCGCUGCCCACAAUGCAUUGCAGUACCUCAAGAUCAUGGCGGGCGCCAAAUGACCGCCAACCGGUCUCCUCUCCUCCUCCAAAUGAUAAGACUGACUGACCUCAUUUGUUUUCUUCUCCUCUCUCACUCUCACCAUUUUUGAAGAGGAUGUUUCUUGCUUUGAAAUUUUAAGAACUUUUCAGAAACUUGACCAUUCUCAAAUUCCCUGGUUUUGUCCUCAGUUCUGUGAAGUGAGGCUUCUCUUUUUUGUCAUGCUGUAAAAACUGAAUUGAAUAUGUAGAUUUCCCCCUUUUUGUUAAUGAAAUUGAAUGUUUACCCCCCUCUAUUAGUGUCUAGCGUAAGAGAAGACCUAAGAUGGCUUCUAAGAAGAUCUCCACUAUUGCAGUGGUGCAUUUUUAUCGAUUUUAAAGUCAAGUUGAGCUUUUUUGUAUUGACCUAUGUACUGCACUAACAAAUUUUAAUUGCAAUAGAUUUUUCCCAUUUUAGCAAAUUCCCCCAAUGGACACUAAUUUUUAAAUUUACUUUUUUAAAUUUACUCUGAGAUUUACUCUUAUUAGGUGUGAUGUUUUUUAACCUUUUGCUUUUGGUCAUGGUUCAGACUUGUGCUCUUAGAUGGCAGUGGCCUUUUUCUAAACCAUGAAAUUGAAAUGAUUUGCUCAUCUGAUCACUGGCACUUUUUAAACUUCCAUUCUGCUCCACUUUGUGUCUGCAUAUAUCUAAUUAUCAAACAUACUGAAAGGGUGUUUAUAUUUCGAAGAGCCAAUUUUUAGGUAUUCAUUACUUUUAAUUGCCUCCAGAUCCAUCCACCCCCAAGUUGCAUUGUGAAUAUCUUUAAGUCCAUUUAAAAAAUAAUAAUAAUGCUUCUAACAAAUUGAGAUCUGAUUUAGAAUGAACUAGAACCUCCCAUGAAAUUGCAAUGUUUGUGAACCAUUGUGACUAACCAACCUCUCAAAUUUAAUGUCUAAGUAAAUUACUGUAAACUAUGUGAAAUAGUAUCUGUUUUGUGUUGAAUCAGUGUCCCCAGUACCCAUUUUUUAAAUUAAGUUGAUGGGUGAGUACAAAUAAUCACGCUUGAUCAUAAUCACUACUCCCUCCAGUUGUAAUUACGGUCACUAUUUUUGUUAAAACAGCAAUAUACCAGGAUAAAAUCUAUGAACCAGAGAAAUGAAAGCACUCUUAAUUGUACAGAAAGAUGUUUUGUUGGAUUUUAUUUACAGUAAUACAAUACGCAGUCAAACAUCUGUCUGCAUUGUGACAUUUUUUCUUCUUCCAAAAAACAAAAUAGGUUCAAUAAAAAUGUUUUAAAUACA